UGAGAAUACAACUCCUAUUGGUUUCCAAGACUUCAAGAAACAAAGCUUCUCCUUUAUUUUGUGUAAGCUACAGGAGGUAGGGAGAACUUCACAUCAUUCCAUCAGCAACCGUUUCCGGCCACAACCAAUAUGCGGAAUCCGUUUCGACGCAAUAACCCUGCGGCGUCGAACGCGAAUCCCCGUCCGAUGCAACACGAAGCUUCGAACCCGUUUGAGGUGCUACAACGCGGUGCCCGACAAGCUGCUAGCUCCCUUAUCGAUAGUUUAGGGGCUACGCAUCAGAUGGUCGAAGAGCAAUUUGAAGCCGCAACGCAAGCCGCGAUGCAUGCUUCCAUGCAAGCCCCUGCUUCUUCUCAAGGACCGCCCGCUGCCUCGGCACAGGUCCUGCACCACCUUCCGCAGAUUCGUAUCACUCGUCAAGAUUUGGUCGAACCUACCAAUCGCGAAUGUUGCGUCUGCUUCGAUCUUCAUCGUUUGAACGACAAGGUUUUGCGGCUGCCCUGUGCUCAUGUUUUUCAUCCACAAUGCAUCACCAAGUGGCUACAAUCUCACUGCACCUGUCCGGUUUGCCGAUACGAGCUACCAACGGAUGAUCCCGACUACGAACGGGGCCGGAUUGAGCGGAUGCGGAACCGGAAACCGAGAUUUGCGAGGCAUGAACUGGAUCGGAUGACAGUCUCUGAGUUGAAAGCGCUUUUGGCGAAAUCGAAAAAUUGCCGCCAACGGCCGGUGGACAAGCAUGAUUUAAUAUCUCUCCUUAUUUCGUCGAACGCUAUUGAUGUCGUGGAAACUCCGGAACCGGUUACUUACCGGCUCUCUGCCUUAAAAGAUAUGAGUGUGGGAGCAUUGAGGCGGUGUAUGAACGACGAAGCUGGGGUCUUUUACGAUCCGAACGAGGUGGUAGAAAAAGCAGAUAUGAUCCAAAUUUUUUUGAACAGUGGGCGCUUACUCUUAAACCCUGAAGAUAAUGCGACCAGUGAAAUCAACGAAGACGACUUUGUUUGGAAGGAUCUGUCGCCGAUCAACAGCGACGAGGAUGAAGAAGACAAAUAUCCGUCUUCCGCAGUUGCGUCUAUCCUUGUGGAGACUGUAGUAGAUGAAACUGAUGUAUCAAUAUAUGAUCGAAGAGUUAACAAAAUGUUACUCAUGGAAGAAAACUCGUCCUUUGACGAAAGUUCGUGCACUCCAGCCAUGGAAGAUGUGGAAAGAUUACUAGAGUUCAAGGAUGAGACAUCGGGCUCAGCGACUGCCGACGAACAAUUCACUGGAAUAGAUGCCGUUGAGGUCGCAUUGACUGAUGCACCUAUGGACAUGGGAGCUGAUUCGCAGAAUGUUAAACGGCGAAAACGUGUAAGAAGUUUAGGUGGGAACGAAUAUACCAGGCAGGUGGCAAAAGAAAAAAACUCCGCAAAAGCAUCUCUGGACUCUAUUGACGAAGGAAAUGUCACGGAAGGAUCCACGGCUCUCCGCCUACCAGUGGACGAUAAUGAGGAAAGUAUGGAUUUCCACGGAGAAGAAAAUAUCUCCUCUUGUUUCGACGACUUGAGCGUUUCCGAACUUCGAGCACGCGGGCGAGAAAUAUCGGUUGAUCUUUCCGAUUGUAUCGAACGUGCGGAAAUAGUCCAGCGCCUUUCGUCCAUUGAAAGUGAUGGACAACGUGCCGGCCGCCUCAUGAAUUGGGAAAAGUGGCGGGUUUCAGAUCUCCGAGCGGUUGCCGCGUUGACCGGUGUGGACUUAUCAGAGUGCCUUAAUCGACAAAGUAUGGUUGAAAAAAUGCAACAUGCAGGAGUUGAACGUCCUCAUUUAGGACGAUUCUUGCACUCACUGGCUCCAUUAGCACGUCUUACCAGUCUACAAUUACUGGCCGUAGCACGAGACUGGCAGGUUGACGUUUCCGACUGUCUCGAAAAAGGCGAUAUUUUGCGCCGAUUGGUUGAAUCGGGGCCAGGUAUACGAUUUGAAUGAAUACAUUCGUCAUAUUUUAGUUGGUG